AUGGCUCUUCGUGUUGCGACGGAGAAAGCAGUGGCAGCGUCUACGUCUAGCCCAUCAGUGACGUUAUAUCGCUAUAUUACCAAGCAAAUACCGCGUGUAUUGACGUUAUAUGACAUUUCAAUGGAACCAUCCGAUGCGCGUUUAGCUAUUCAAGCGCUAUUUCGUCAACACGCAGCUGUUAAAGAUCCACGUGUUGUUGAUAUGCUUAUUACAAAAGCUAAUAUGGAACUAGAGGAGACACUUAUGCAAUGGAAGCAAAAGGUACAUUUAAUCAAGUUACUAGAACAUGGUCAAGCAUUGCGUACGCCUGCACCGGUUGUGGAUUCCAUUGAUCAAGCACUUGAUAAGUUUUAUGCUGGUGUGGAUGAUGGUGAAGAUGAACUGUAA